AUGCUUGAUUAUCUGGUUUCACCGACGCUGAAGGAUGUUUUAAUGUAUCUAUUACCAGCAAUGCAAGAUAUGCAUUAGCCCAUGUUAUAAGAAUGCGUUAUAUCGUUGAUCAGAAGGAUAACUCUAUCCUUCUGAUAAUAAGAAACCUUUUCGGGUUUGGUAAAGUUACUCUCAGAUCCGGAACCGACGGCGUUUAUCGUUACACAGCUACAGGGUUUAAAUCCAUGAAUCAUGUAAUAUCUUAUUUUAAAUUAUUUCCCUUAUUUACUAAGAAGGCCGGUUCUUUGGAAAAAUGA